GCAGUGCUUGUGUGUCGUGGGCUUCAGGGCUGCCUCGUAGCGUCUGCAACCUGGGCGUUCUCCCGCUCGCCGCCGCUCCGCCUACGACCAGGCUCCGCCCGGCGGCUCGAAUUGCGCAACCCGUUGGCGUAACCGGGAGCGCAACGUGGAGACCCGACUCGGUGGAUUCCAAGCUCUGCAGCUGGGGAACUAGAGGGCGGACCUUGAUGCUGAACAUUCCUUGUGAGAAAUCUGAGGCGCAUACUAUUGAGGAGCCACAAUUUUCCUACUGCCUGCUGCCAAGUUUCUUGAGAGCCCAACUGUUGGGAUCUUCAUAAGCAAAACAACGAAACAAACGGAAUCUCCUAGCAGACCUCAGCUCGAAGGUCUCCUGCUCACAGAGUCUUUCCCUGACCAUUCACCUGUCACCCAGACCCAUUCCAAUCCGGGACUAGCCCUGCCCCAGAAUGGUCCAGGACCUCCAGGCUCUUGACUCUCACAGGAAAGAAUUCAAGAAUGAGUCAUGGUGGGGGAUACGGGCUGCAAAGAGCCUUCUGGCUCCAAGGGAACAGGAAGAACUAGAAGAUUUGCCAAAUGACUACCCCUCAAGCACCAGUGAAGAUGAGGGGGACAGUGGUGGAGAGCGAAAGCAUCAAAAGCUUCUGGAAGCAAUCAGUUCCCUUGAUGGAAAGAAUAGGCGGAAAUUGGCUGAGAGAUCUGAGGCUAGUCUGAAGGUGUCAGAGUUCACGGUCAGUUCUAAAGGAUCAGGAGAAAGGCUAGUCCUUUCAGAUCUGCUUGAACCUGUUAAAACUUCAUCCUCAUUGGCCACUGUGAAAAAGCAACUGAAUAGAGUCAUAUCAAAGAAGACUGUGGAGCUACCCCUUAACAAAGAAGAGGUUGAGCGGAUCCACAGAGAAGUGGCAUUCAAUAAAACCUCACAGGCGCUCUCCAAAUGGGAUCCCAUCGUUCAGAAGAACCGACAAGCAGAGCAGCUGGUUUUCCCCCUGAUAAAGGAGCAGUCAGCCUUCGCUCCCAUGGAGCAUGUGCUCAACGCCUGGAAGGCAAGAACACCCCUGGAGCAGGAGAUUUUUAACCUCCUUUGUAAGAACAAGCAGCCAGUGACAGACCCUUUACUGACUCCUGUGGAAAAGGCCUCUCUCAAAGCCAUGAGCCUGGAAAUGGCUAAGAUGCGCCGAGCAGAGCUUCAGAGGGCCCGGACCCUGCAGUCUUACUAUGAGGCCAGGGCUCGAAGAGAGAAGAAAAUCAAAAGCAAAAAGUAUCACAGAGUUCUGAAGAAAGGAAAGGCCAAGAAUUCCCUAAAAGAGUUUGAGAAGCUGCGGAAGACCAAUCCUGCUGCUGCACUGGAAGAACUGGAAAAACUCGAAAAGGCCAGAAUGAUGGAGCGAAUGAGCCUUAAGCACCAGAACAGUGGAAAAUGGGCAAAGUCAAAGGCAGUUAUGGCCAAAUAUGACCUGGAGGCUCGCCAGGCUAUGCAGGAUCAGUUGGCCAGGAACAAAGAACUGACGCAGAAAGUCCAGGUGGCCUCUGAGAGUGAGGAAGAGGAGGGAGGUGAAGAAGAGGUUGAUCUCCUUGUCCCUGAUGCAGUGAAUGAGGCACACAUGACUGCAGAUGGACCGAAUCCCUGGAUGGUCAGGAAUCACUCUGAUGACGCAAAAGAGGCUGAAAUCCAAAAGGACUCUGAACAACUUCCAGAGCCCAUGGCCAACGAGGCUUCUGAGAGUGAGGAAGAAGAAAGACCAGUGGCAGAGGAAGAAAUUUUGUUGAAAGAAUUUAAGGAAAGUCAGUUACUUAGGAAAAUGUCGGGGCUCAACCAGGACACCAAGCCAGUGGGCAGACAAGAAACAGAAGAUUCUAGCACCCAGGAGGUGCUAUCCAAACUGAGAGGACUGUCUCAGAAACUCAACAAGGACAACCAUCAGUGCAGGAAGCAAAACAUGGGUUCAGUGAGGACUGUUUUGUCCACCCAGAGAGAGGGACCUGCUGGGGAAGAAGAGGAGCCCCUGUUGCUACAGAGGCCGGAGAGAGCACAGACUCUGGAGGAGCUAAAGGAACUGAGCAAAGAAGGAUGCUUUCAAAAUGAGGAGCUUCCCAGACCUGCGUUAGAAGGGCAGCAGGUGGAGAGGAAUAAUCAGCCUAGUGCUCCCAAGAAGAAAAGGAAGGAGCAAAUGAUUGACCUACAGAACAUCUUAACCACAAAAUCUCCUUCCAUGAAGUCUUCGGCUGUCCCCACAAUAGAGGAGUUGGAAGAUGAACAAGAGAGAAAGCAAAAGCAAAUGAUAAAGGAAGCUUUUGCUGGUGAUGAUGUCAUCAGAGAUUUCUUGAAGGAGAAGAGAGAAACAGUGGAGGCGAGUAAGCCAAACGACGUGGACCUGACUCUGCCUGGCUGGGGCGAGUGGGGCGGUGUGGGCCUGAAGCCCAGUGCCAAGAAGAGACGCCGGUUUCUCAUUAAAGCACCUGAAGGUCCUCCAAGAAAGGACAAGAAUUUACCAAAUGUGAUUAUCAAUGAGAAGCGAAACAUCCAUGCAGCAGCUCACCAGGUGCGGGUGCUUCCAUAUCCAUUUACCCACCAUCAGCAAUUUGAGAGGACCAUCCAGACCCCUAUAGGAUCUACAUGGAACACCCAGAGAGCCUCCCAAAAGCUGACUACACCCAAGGUUGUCACCAAGCCAGGACAUAUCAUUAAGCCUAUAAAAGCAGAGGAUGUGGGCUACCGGUCUUCCUCACGGUCGGACCUCUCUGUCAUACAGAGGAAUCCAAAACAACUCUCCAUACAUCACAAAAAACAGCUGAAGAAAAACUAAAGAUAGAGUUGCUGGAGGAGUGACAUCUUGGUGCCCAGAAGCAGGACCCUAGAGUGCCCCUCCAUUGGCCGGGUUUUACUAGUACUACAAGCUACAUGAUCAAUUUCAAAAUUUGUUAGCACACAUAUUAGGAAUAAAGGCAUUUUUAUCU